AUGGAUAGUGAAUCAACAAAGAAAGACUCCGAUGUCAAAUGGGAAGCCACAGUCACAAAUUCAAUGGACAAAUUAUCUGAUGAAUUGGGUGAUACUCUGACGAACGCAGUGAGACAGGUUGAUGGGGAAUUAGACUGCACGAUGUCCGAUUUUCCACGUCAAGAUAUUUGUCAUGAAUUCAUGUUGGUGCUUGACAAGGCAUUCAUGCCUGAAUUUGAUGUGCAGAAACAGAAACACAUUCGGACUUCACAGAUGAGGUUUGCUGCAAUGGCUGCUGCUUAUAUGCACAAGUCUGUUGGUCAGUGUGUAUCGCAGCCACUGCGUGUAUGGCUAGCCAAUGCUGCCAGUGCAGUGAUUCUCCACGGACUACUUGGAGAGUUGGUGGCAUCGGUAGAAGAAGAUUCCGGUGGAAAGACGCGUUCUCAUGGAGAAUCAAGAAGUGAAAAUAUAUCAUUACCAGACCCAUGUUUAGAUAAUUGUCAGGAUGGAAACUGGUGUUAUGGCAGUUGGACAGAGGAAAAUUUGGCAAAUGCUUCGGAGAUGAGAGAUGUACUGAAUGGUGAGAUGGUGAAUGCAUGCAUGCAAGUAAUGGUUGCCGCUGUUGUCAAUUACUUUCAGGAGAGGCGCUACACACCGAGUGGAUUGAUGAAGGACAGCUAUGCGUGUGAAGUACUUCGAUGUGGCAAAAUGGAGCAAUAUGGUCUGACAGAUGACUCUGAUAAGACAAAGGCAAUGCUGAUCACUGGUCAGUGGGUGUCGAAAUUGGUUGUUUUCCGUAUGGCCACGGAACACCGACAACUCAAGCAUCCUCUCAGACCGGUCAAGCGGAUUGGAGUCAAGAGUACUCUGAAGAAAAUGGAUAUCGGUAAAUAUUUCUAUGAUGUGCCUACUGGUUUCGAAUGGACACGCCUCGCCUACACUAUCUCUAGGAGGAUCGUUCAUUCUGUCUGCAUCCCUGCAUUUGAAAACAUUUCUGAUCUGACUGAACUACAGAAGCUUUACAACAGCAUAGCUGAUGAUCCAUUCCACUACCACACAGAUGCUGAAUACUUGACUAAUUCACCGAGGACGACAAUGGUUGACAAAGCGAACAAUCUGUUUGGUCAACUCAUCACAUAUCUACGCAUCUUUGAGCCGACAAGCGAACUGCUGUCUUAUCCACAAUUGUGUGUUGACGGGAAAACCCGUGAGAAGUGCUACUUAGAUUACAGUUCUCGUUGGGAGGAUAUUCUACGUGUGAUUCAUAGUGAGAUAUAUAUGCCGAGUGGACGUACUUUGUCAGUUGCGAUCAAGGAAGCUAUGAAGCCUUCAGAACGGUUUGCACCAGACGAAAAGAUGUUGGUAGCCUGUUGGGAUGGCUAUAACAUUGGAAAUAAUGUUCGAAAUUCGAUCCUUAGAUAUUAUUGUUCUACUUGUGACAGCAGACUUCACUAUACUCUGAAUUCGCCGUGUCGGGAUACUUCUCCGUAUGUCUUCCGAUGA